GUUUUGUGUUUAUUUUCGGGUGCUUUGUGCCGAGUGUUGUUGAAAAAGUUCACAUUGCAAUUAAACUGAACAACUUUUUGCUGGUUUGUUUCUUGAACUGACAAAAAUGCCUAGCAUAAAUGGUAAAUGUUGGCUAAUGAUGGUGGCUCUGCUAUCGUUAUCGUUAUCGUUGGCACUAACGGCACCCGCACCGCAACAACAGCAACAAGUGGACCUCCAGGACAGCAUCGAACCAGAGCUUAAUCCCAUAAAUGCCGAGGAGGUAUUAGGUGCUGACCUAGAUCGCAACAAAAGAAAAUUGCCCGAUGCCACUUUCGAGGCGAAAAAUGCUGUACUUGGAUUUGUUUUUGGCAAAAUCGAUAACUUCCUGGACACAAAGACGCGUGUGAUUGAACAAUUGGAUCGUUCCAAUAUUGAGAAGAACAAGCAAUGGGAUAUCAAAUCGCCGGUGCCAAUUAAAGAUUUUCAGACUCUGAUAACGGCUGUCGUAUCACCGAAAAUCCGUUCACUUGGCAAUAUAGCCAAUGAUCUGACCACUGGCGUUCUGACCACAAUCACAGCCUUCAGUGGCUCCUCAUCGGGCAAUGGCAAUGCCAAUGCUGGCCUUGGCAAUGUUGUAUCCAAAUUCCUAGGUUUCUCUGGACCCAUUUUGCAGGGCUCAUCGGGUGGCGUCAAUGGCAUAGCCGGUGUUACGACACCAGCUCCCGAUUCCGAUGAGGCGGGCUACUAAAAAAAAAAAAAAAACAAAUUAAAAACUAUAAACAUAAUGAACGAAAAAAAAACACACACGAAAAUAUUUCAAAAAUGAAAAAAAAGAGAGCUAAAAUAUUGUAAUUUAUCAUUUUCACUCACCUACACUCACCACCCACUGCUCCCCUUUAUCCUAUUUGUUUUUUUGUUGUAUCCUGAUUAGUGAAAAUUGCUCAAUUAGAUUUUAAGCGAAACAAAAAACAAAAUUGAUGGAAUUUGAUAUAUACAUUUGUUUUAAGUUACAUUCAUAUUUACAUACAUAUUUGUACAUAUUUGGCAUAAAAGACAAGAAAAGCGAAGAACCAAUAAAAAAAAAAAAACAAAAAACAAAAA